AUGAUUCUUGAAGCUGGAAAUCAAGCUUAUGAACGCGAUGGCUCACUCUUUCAGGAUCCAAGUAUCUACUCUGACAUUCUAGAGAAACUUGCAGAAGCAAUCUACCACUACCAGGCCUAUCCCAGUGCUCUUCAACAACUCGAAGUUGUAGAAGCUCUACUAAACAAACACCCAUGCUUGAGGGAGCCUGGAACCUCAUAUUCAGGCACAUAUGGGUGGCAGAAUCGUCUCAAAAUGAAGAUGGCCAAUUUCCGAAGCAAACUAAAUAGGCGCAAUGUCCCUUGUCCCGAGCUUCACAUCAACUCCUUGAAAAGGAAGGCCCCUGGCGAGAGAUAUCCUGCAACAAAAUGCAAGAAACCAAAGAGAGCCGAGGUGAACUUCCUUCCCCCACAUCCAAGUGGAGAAAGCAACGACAGUCUGGAGAGGGACAGACAGGAGCUCCUUAACGAGGUUAAGAAGAAGGACAACGCUAAAAUAAUUAACGAAAAAAUGGCCAACACAUUUUCCUAUCGAAGACUCGAGGUUGUGAGUGAUAGUCCUGCUGCUGCUGACUUCAAAGAGAGAUGGCCUGCUUUGUUUUGUGAAGCUGAGAUCAAGGAGGAAUUCAGGAGAAUAACUACCAUUCCCCUGGAGCGAACCUUCAUGCAUAAACUGGACGAACACACACCAAAACUUAUUACCCUGAUGAAAGCCAAGGGAGGUGCCAUAGAAAUCAAGAUGAGGCCGCUCCUGGACAGACUGAGUCAGAAACAGAGCAUUGAGAUGAGGCGUGAAACCAUUAUCCGCAGCCUUAUACUGUACCUUGGCGAGAAGGAAGAGGAACUUUUUGAAGACUGCUUGGAGGACAGCCGGAGUGAUGUCAGUAACCACAUCCUCAAAAUACUCGUCGUCCACGGUGCUGAUGAGGAUCCAGUCGAUGUCUCCAUCCUUGUGGAAGGCCAUGAGAUUUUGCCAGGGUGCAACAGUACUGCGAAAGCUUGCUCACUGCUCAUGGGACUAAUUUAUGCCCUGAACUUGGCAUACCCUCCCACUUUGCGCUACACUUUUAAAGUCUUUCAAAAACUCGUGCUGGAGCUGGAUGGAUUCAAACUGUCCCCAAAAGUAAACACCUUGAAGUUGAAGUUGCUUUCCUGUCAUGACUUUGUCAUCCUAGAGGAGGAAAAUGACAUUAUUUAUGGACCCUUGUUGAGGACGUAGCAUCAUGCAUGGACUCUUAUGAAGAAAUGCCAAGAAUUAGCACUGAGUUCCAGUUCAUCUUGGUUUACUAGUGGGUUGCCUGUCAUAAAUGUUUUUCAUUUUUUGUCAAAUAAGGUAUCUGUUAAUGACAGUAAAGAUUGUAUUCUUCAACAAGAAUGGUUAGACACCUUAAGCUGUUUAUUUUUUGUUGAUUUUAUUUCAUUAAUGUUUUAAUUGCAUACUUAAAAGUGCACUAGUCAGAGGACUGGUUUAAAUGUUGAAAUUGCACUUUUUCAGUGUGUA